AUCCAGCGCAAAUCCAGCGCAAUUCCAGCGCAGGACCCGCGCCCUCCCCAGCCCCGCCCCCAGCCGGACUUUAGGACCGCGCGUCCCCCUCACCGAGCCCGCCCCCCCAGCAGCGCAGCCAAUCGUUACUCUUCAUUCCGUCACCUCUCUUUACCAUUCGUUCUCCGCGCUGCCAAUCUCGUGACAUUACAGAGAGCCAGCCAAUGAGCGCGUCGGGGCGGGGCGGGGCGCGGCUUUAAAGGGGGGCGGUGGCGCCGCGCGGUCCCUGUGCCCGCCCGGCCCCGCCGUGUCCCCGCGUUGUCCCCCCGCGUCCCCCCGCGCAUGGAGCUGAGCUGCGCCCCCGCAGCGCCCCCGGGGCCGGGGCCGCCCCCCGGCCCCGCCGUGGCGGAGGGGGACGAGUAUGAGAGCCUGCCCAGCGGCGCCGCGCUCGGCACGCACAUGGUGGCCGGGGCGGUGGCGGGAAUCAUGGAGCACACGGUCAUGUACCCCGUGGACUCGGUCAAGACAAGGAUGCAGAGCUUGCAGCCGGACCCCAAAGCCCAGUACAGGAGCGUGUACGAAGCUCUGAAGAAGAUUGUCCUCACUGAGGGGCUCUGGAGGCCUUUACGUGGGAUUAAUGUCACCAUGCUGGGGGCUGGCCCUGCCCAUGCCAUGUACUUUGCCUGCUAUGAGAAAAUGAAAAAGUCCCUCAGUGACACUCUCCAGCAGGGAGGAAACAGCCACCUGGCCAAUGGGAUCGCCGGGAGCGUGGCCACGCUGCUCCACGACGCCGUGAUGAAUCCCGCCGAAGUGGUGAAGCAGCGGAUGCAGAUGUUCAACUCGCCCUACAAGUCGGUGCUGUCCUGCGUGAGGACCGUGCAGAGGACCGAGGGCUUCGGGGCCUUCUACCGCAGCUACACCACCCAGCUGACCAUGAACGUGCCCUUCCAGGCCAUCCACUUCAUCACCUACGAGUUCCUGCAGGAGCACAUCAACCCCCGCCGCGAGUACAACCCGCGCUCCCACAUCGUGGCGGGGGCCGUGGCGGGCGCCGUGGCCGCCGCCGCCACCACCCCGCUGGACGUCUGCAAGACCCUCCUGAACACGCAGGAGAACACGGCCCUGAGCUCCCUCAACAUCAGCGGGCACCUCUCGGGCAUGCUGAACGCCUUCAGGACCGUCUACCAGCUGGGGGGGCUGCCUGGCUUCUUCAGGGGGGUCCAAGCCCGGGUCAUCUACCAGAUGCCCUCGACGGCCAUCGCGUGGUCGGUGUACGAGUUCUUCAAGUACUUCCUCACAAAGCACAAGCUGGAGAAAAGAACAUCCUUGUGAAGGUUGGGCAGGAGCCUCAGUGGCCCCUCUGUGGGUCCCCUCUGUGUGUGUCACCCCCCAGCCAGCUCUGGGACACAGAUCCCACUGAGGAACACGUUUCUGGAGGGUUCCCACCCCGACAUCCUCCUCCAGGGGAGGUCCUGGGUCCUCCUGGCUUUAAACAAAAAAGUUUAUAAAGACUUCUAAUAAUAUAUAUAUAUAUAUAUUUAAUAACUUUAUUUUCGGAGGA